UCUAUUCCUUUCUGUCGCUCCCUUCCUCAGCAGUAAAUAGUGUUCCACAAAUCUACAUAAUGACAUCACAGAAUGCUAGAUCCAUCAGAAAAAAACGAAACAUACAUCUAAAACUUGAAAAUUCUCCAAUCACUCAGCAACCGUCAAAGAACGGUUCAGAAUUGCAGGAGGGUGGACUUACUCAACGUCUGAAUGAUCUAGAGCUCGGCAUAGAGUUUAAGCUAGAAUUGAAAGCUGAAGAUUUAAAGCCGAUAAAAGAACUUGGUGCAGGUAAUGGAGGCACAGUUUCGCAGGUUAUGCAUGCUACUACAAAGACUCUGAUGGCCAUGAAGAUUAUUCAUAUUGGUAAAAAGCCAGAUGUCAUUAAACAAAUUCAUCGGGAGUACCAAAUUCUUCAAGAUUGUAAAUCACAAUAUAUCGUUUCAUUUUACGGUGCAUUCAUGACUGACUCAGACAUUUCAUUGUGUAUGGAAUACAUGGAUGUUGGUUCGCUUGACUAUAUCUACAAGAACACUGGUCCUAUUGAUUUAGGAAUACUAGGAAAGAUCACCUUAUCAAUCGCGGUAUUAGAAGGACUAGACUAUUUGUAUGGUCAUCAUCGAAUCAUUCACAGGGAUGUGAAGCCCUCCAAUAUCCUUGUCAAUUUAAAAGGACAAAUCAAAAUCUGUGAUUUUGGUGUGUCUGGUCAACUAAUUAAUUCUAUUGCAAACACCUUUGUGGGAACGUCACAUUAUAUGUCUCCUGAACGUAUUCAAGGUGCUGAAUAUAGUGUACGGUCUGAUGUUUGGUCUGUUGGUAUUACCUUGAUGGAACUUGCUCUGGGUCGAUUCCCAUUUCCUCCAGAUGGCAGUCAACUCACCGUCUUGGAGCUUUUGCAACACAUUGUAAAUGAACCUGCUCCAGUGCUACCAGAAGGUCAAUUCCCGGAUGACUUUUGCGAUUUAAUUAGUAAAUGUUUGAUUAAAAAUGUGGAUACACGACCGCCACCAAAAGAAUUAUUGAAACAUCCUUACGUCAAAGCCUCAGCCUCAGCCGAAGUGAACGUCGAAGCGUGGGCAAAAAGCAUUAAAAGAUAA